UCUCUAAAGGCUUUAACUUGACGCACCAGCAGGCUUAACCUGUGCAAGACCUCGCCGCCAAGGAUAUUAUUUUCAUCUCUUGCCUUUAUGAACGGGGCCGUUUUAAAUAUAUGUGUAAAUAUGAAUGAAUUAAGCCCGAAAACAUCAGCGCUGUUAAUGACGACAUUGAAACGGCCACUGUGCGUCGCGGAACUAGAACUGUCCGUUUUCCUCCAGAUGGUGGCAGAAGUCAACUCACGUUAAACUCUCAUCCCUCCGGUUCGCCGUUGUACACACAUGAGAGACGAGCCUGGAUCAACACUGGAGUGUCCUAUUAAAACGAAGUCUUAAGGCACCGCAUUCUCUCUAUCCGCCUUACCUGGAACCACUGAUCUGUGGGAGGCUGGUUUGGAUUACACUACGCGGGGAUGAAAGACUUCAGUUAGCGCACCUCGGUCCCAAAUGCCGUUAGAGAUGUAGUGUGGAGACAGAUACCUAUGAUAGCCGCGUUCACUGCGUUACUGAGUCCUCUGCAUCGCUCGGCGGCCCGAAACCCAAAAUGUCUACCAGAACGCCUUUACCCACUGUCAAUGAGCGUGAUGCCGAAAAUCACGCAUCACCGGACGGCUUCCCGGAGGUGCCGGCACCCCCCACCCAGUCGGCCAGUCGCCAGAGCCUGCCUCGGUGCCGCAGCUCGCUCAGCUCCAGCGUGGAUGAGCACCCACAUGUGGGCAACUACCGCCUGCUCAAGACCAUCGGCAAAGGCAACUUCGCCAAGGUCAAGCUUGGACGCCACGUGCUCACCGGCAGGGAGGUGGCUGUGAAGAUAAUAGACAAAACUCAGCUGAACCCCACUAGCCUACAAAAGCUCUUUAGAGAAGUCCGAAUAAUGAAGGUAUUGAAUCAUCCAAAUAUAGUGAAGUUGUUUGAAGUAAUUGAAACGGACAAGACACUUUAUCUAAUAAUGGAAUAUGCCAGUGGAGGCGAGGUGUUUGACUACUUGGUGGCCCAUGGCAGGAUGAAGGAGAAAGAAGCCAGGGCAAAGUUUCGGCAGAUCGUAUCUGCAGUGCAGUACUGCCAUCAGAAGAGAAUAGUGCAUAGGGAUCUGAAGGCGGAGAACCUGCUGCUGGACGCCGACAUGAACAUCAAGAUUGCCGACUUCGGCUUCAGCAACGAAUUCACGGUGGGCAGCAAGCUGGACACAUUCUGCGGCAGCCCACCCUACGCUGCGCCCGAGCUCUUCCAGGGCAAGAAGUAUGACGGGCCCGAGGUGGACGUCUGGAGCCUGGGGGUCAUCCUCUAUACACUGGUCAGCGGCUCGCUGCCCUUUGAUGGACAGAAUCUGAAGGAGCUGCGAGAACGAGUGUUGAGAGGGAAGUACCGCAUCCCGUUCUACAUGUCCACUGACUGCGAGAACCUCCUUAAGAGGCUCCUGGUGCUGAAUCCCGUCAAGCGCGGCAGUCUGGAGCAAAUAAUGAAGGACAGGUGGAUGAAUGUGGGCCACGAGGAAGAGGAGCUGCAGCCUUACUCAGAGCCACAGCCUGACUUCAACGACACCAAGAGGAUUGAGCUGAUGGUGACUAUGGGAUUCCCCAAGGAUGAGAUCACAGAGGCCCUCAUGGGACAAAAGUAUGAUGAGGUCAUGGCCACUUAUCUCUUAUUGGGCAGAAAACUUCCAGAGUUUGAAGGCAGUGAGUCUCUGUCCAACAGUAACCUGUGUCCCAGGCCCCGCCCCACCAGUGACAUCAACAGCAGCACGAGCCAAUCCCCUGCUCACUCCAAGGUCCAGCGCUGCAUAUCAGCCAAUCAAAAGCAGCAGCGGCGGUUCAGUGAUCAUGGUGGGGAUGACAUACAGCCAAUGGGUCCCCCCGUCCCGCCAGCCAUGGGCUACACCAAGCGCGCCCCAGCUAGUGGUGUGGAGAGCGAACAGAAGGAUGAAUGGGACAGCUCACGCAAACUGCUUGGCUCCGCCCCCAAGGCCGACGCACCGCCGUCACCCCUGGCUGCGCAGGAUAGGAGGAAGACAGCUGCCGGCGCCGGAACGAAUGGAGGCAUGGCUCGCAGGAACACGUAUGUGUGUGAGCGCUCAGCCGACCGCCACUCAGCCGUCCCCAACGGCAAAGACAGCAGCCUGACUGAGGUCUCUGGCAGCGCCGUGUCGGCUGGCGUCACGGCGACGGCCCUGGCGUCUGCCAGGCCACGACACAUCAAGUGCAUGUCCGCCUCCAGCUCCUCUUCCAAAACUGUCCUGCCCCCGAUAGAGGACAACAGCGAGUACAAGGCAAGUUCCAGCCCACGUCCUCCUUCCACAUCGCCGUCGGCGCACAGCAUCAGCACCCCGGAGCGCACACGCUUCCCGCGUGGCACCACCAGCCGCAGCACAUUCCACGGCGCGCAGCUGCGUGACCGCCGCAGCGCCACGUACAAUGGGCCGCCUGCCUCGCCAACACUCUCGCACGACACGGGCGCGUUGGCACCUGCUCGCAGGGGCACCUCCACGGGCAUCAUCAGCAAGAUCACCUCCAAGUUUGCACGCAGAGCUCUUUCUUUCAGGAUUUCCAGGAGGGCACCGAGUGAAGGAGAGACCAGUGGCAAGACAGAAACACCAAGGAGCACAUCAGCCGAGUCGAGGGAGGAGGGCCGCGACUCCAAGCCGCGCUCCCUGCGCUUCACGUGGAGCAUGAAGACCACAUCAUCUAUGGAACCUGGCGACAUGAUGCGUGAGAUCCGUAAGGUGCUGGACGCCAAUGGCUGUGACUACGAGCAGCGCGAACGCUUCCUGCUCUUCUGCGUGCACGGCGAUGCCCGCCAGGACAGCCUGGUCCAAUGGGAGAUGGAGGUGUGCAAGCUACCCCGCCUCUCACUCAACGGCGUGCGCUUCAAGAGGAUAUCGGGCACAUCCAUUGCCUUCAAGAACAUCGCCUGCAAGAUCGCCAACGAGUUGCAGCUGUGAGGCCAGGCUCAUGGAACCCUGGGGGCAUGUGGGCCCCACCCCCCCCACCCCUCCGGAGUGGGGCUGGGAUGACACAGCUCUCGCAGGCUUGGGUUCGAGGACUGCAGUGGUAAGUGUCACAUCUCCAGCAGCCAGACCUGCGGCACUAUCCUAAUAACACUGAGCGUUGGCAGCAAGAGAACACCGCCCAGCACUCAUUCCACACCUGCACCAUUAACUUUUAGUCCCAAAAAUAGCAUUGGGUCCGUCAUCUUACAGUCUGAUUAAAGUGGCAGACGAUAGUAUUUAUCGGGUAUGGACUGUAAUUACAUGUUGUGUGAGUGUGGCUCUCUCCCAUUGGUAUUUGGAUGGGUGGGUGUGGGCGUCCUGUGCAACAGCCGCCAUGUAGAAUGUAGAGGGUACUGCUUUGUAAGUGUAGAGCUACCAUUAUGGCCAAUCCAUUGGAACAUGAAAACCCUAAGCUCUAAUUCACUAAACAACACUUCCUGCUCAACAAUAUUUAAAAAUGCAGAAGCUCAAUGAGCAUGCCUGCAAUGUUUUUUUUUCCUCACCUGCCUUUAUAAAGGUAUAGUUUUAAUCAAAAAUGUUAGCAUUGCUAAAAAUUAGUGAAGGUUAAUACCCACCAGAUCAGCAUUAUGCAAAUAUGAUUAAGCUAAUUUGUAGCUACUGGUUUUCACUGAUUAUUACGCAUGAUGGCAUAUAUGAACAAAUUAAAAGGUUCCAGGCAUAUAUAUACACCUGCAGGGGGUGCUAUUGCCUGUCAGGAAUGCCAUUCUUCAUUUACAAAAGCAAAAUGUCAGAACAGCUGAGCUGUGGAGAACUCUAGCUGUAUUUUAUUUUUGAAAGCAAGGAACAAUACUUUCAGUAAAAUCAAGCGCUUGUACACUCGACUAUAGUUGAGGUAAAGAUAUCUUCUCAAUUACAGGACAUUAUUACUUGAUUUUAAAAGGUGAUAGCUUCAUCCAUUUCUCCCAGGAGACCCGUUUGCUGCACCUUUUAAUACCUGAUUUACAUGAGUUUAAUUCUGUUGGCUGAGCUACCAAAUUACAAUUGUUUCUGAUGUGUACAGUUUAAUAUAUAGACAGUCAUUGCUCUUUGUCAUUGGCUCUAUGCUGUAUUAUAUGAUUAUGCAUUUACCAUUUGCAGGUACUGUAUGGAUUGGGUUUGAUUUCUGUACAGGAGAACAAAAACCUUGAUGUUUCAGUACGAUUUUACCAUUUUAGUUGUUUCUUAUUGUUACUGACAUUGGUUAGAACCUUAACCAUUGUUUUCUUAUUGCUACUGACAUCGGUUAGAACUUUAACCUUCGCUCUGUGAAUUUUUUGUUAAUCUCACAUAAAUGGUCGUUCUUAGAUCAAGGUUUUAUUUUAGGAACAGAUCGUCCACUUGAUUUUUUUUUUAAGACCGUUGGAAUGGUCACGAUGGAUGAUGCCAGGGGCAUCUAAAAUCAAAUGGGAGCUGUGUCAGAUAAAUCAUUUACAUUUCAGAACAAGAAUGAAAUGCACUACAUUCUGUAUUUUUGCUGAGCAGAACUACUGAGUGGCACCAAGGCCUCCAGUAUAAUUGCACAAACUGGUAAAACGGUGGAAGAUAGAUCCACGUUGAUAUUUGUGUGUGUGUGUGUGUGUGUGUGUGUGUGUGUGUG